AUGAAGUUUCUUGUGUUGUUUUCUCUUUUCCUUUUCAACUCUGCUUCUGCGCUCAGCGCUACAUUCCGCAGCCUCAGGCGCAACCAGCCUUCCAAGAGCAUCAACAUCCACGAUGCCGACAUCGAGAAGUUCCGUGACAUAGUGAGGAAGGACAUCGCUGACAAGACUGACGAGCUCAUCGGCCUCAUUGUUAAGGAUGUCGAGAAGCUUAUUGAGGAAAACGACAUGGUUCGCCCAGUCUUCCUCGAGAACGCUUUGAAGGAAAACGCGAAGAAGAUGAUCAAGACCGGUGUCAUCUCCAUCAUCAAGCACAUGGUUCCCGUGUUCGAGCGCUGGAUCGUUGAGGCCAUCAAGCCCCCGGUCACCUCCGCCAUGGUCUACACCGCCCUCAUCAAGCCCAUCGGCAAGAGCAUCUUCGACCAGCUCUACCACAAGUUCAACUUGCCUACCUCGAAGUUGUGGGACAAGUACGAUGACAACAUCGACAUGAGCCUCGAUGAGGCCGAGGAGGAUGCCGAGGGAGAGGCUGAUAUGAUCUAA